AUGGUCCAGGCUGCUGCGCUAAGCCCCUCGAUAUACCAGCUAUGCUUGGUGCACACCAACGCCCCCAAGCGUUUCACGCGCCCGCUGCAACCCCUGGUCGACACGCUCUCCCGUGGGGUCAACAGUGACCUCAGGACCCCUUCGCCGGCAUCAUACAUCUUCAUCACAACUCUGGAUUCUCCACGGCUUAGGAACGUUUUCUCAGAGGGUUCUUUGAACGCCGGCUUUGUAGUGGUUGAUGAGGCUCACCAGGUUCUACGUAGGAAAGAUUCGCUGACGUUCCGAAUGGUUUCGGAAUUCUCCGGGAAUGGAGCAGACGUGUGGUUUGUCACGGCUACUCCAUUCAGCGGGUGCACUCUCGCCCAAUGGGUCGCGCCCAUGAACCUCAUUGCCCCUAGCCGAGCAGCGGCGAUGCAGGAGUUGGUUACGGCUUUGGACACUGCUAAAUCAUCCGGUGAUGCGGACGACGCCCAGACCCUCCAAGACCAAUUCAAGGUUGUGUUCGACGAAAGGCUCGUUGUCAGGCAUUUUGGAACCUCUUCAUUCUUUGCAAAGUCCAUCUCUGACGUCCAAGCCAUCGUGCCCAGCGUAAUCUCUAGGGAGACACCAAUGCAGCACAAGACCGCCGUCCAAGAGCUUUCGAACCAAGUCGCUCUCAAGGACCCCCGGCUGACCGACCCAGGUCAGCGCGGGCUGCUCUACCUUGUUUCCCUUUUCCCAGCAGCUGCAGAGUUAAUCUUGGCCGACCCCAUCACGUUCGACGUGGCAGCGAUCCGCGAUUUCGUCAGGCAAGUCAAGAACAGACUGCACAUCGAGGAGUCCGAGCCCCUUCGACGGCUUGCGGAUCACAUCGUGAAAGAUAGUCCUAAGCUAGACUAUAUUCUCGAGGAGCUGGACCGCAUGGGUCUCGACAAGCGCGAGCGCGAGCGGAUCGAACAUCGCAGCUCGGCCAAGUUCGGUGCCGGCGAGGACCUGAAGAUGAAGAAGAUGGUUAUCAUUACCCCCACGGUUGUGAGUGCUGUGUUCCUUUACCUCGCUCUGAUCCGCCAUCGCAAGGAUGUUGUUCUGAUCCACAACUGGGUAUCAAGCCAAGAGAAGGAGCAGAUCGUCAACAACUUCAUGAGUCUGAGCGCGGCUAAGCUUGUGAAGCACAGUCGAAUCCUGAUUGCUCCGUUCGCUAUGGCUGGUACUGGAGUGAACCUCCAGGUCGCUUCUUAUCAGAUUCUGACCUCUCCGCUCCCGGACAAGGCAAGCCAACUGCAAGCCUUCGCACGGACAAACCGGUCUGGUCAACGUCUCCGUCCCCUGUCACACAAGAUCCUCGUUCUUGAGGACUCGCCCGUGGACAGAAUUGUGCUCGCGUCCCACGCUACUUUGGAUAUCGAAAGCGACCCUUUCCAGAUCAAUGAACCACUUCGAAUUGCUGGGAACAUCCCGCUUGGCAAUGUGGUGCAGCCCACUAGUGUGGUUGAAGAUCACUCAUCAUCAACUCACUCAUCCAUCUUGGGAGUGGACGAGGCUCUCCUCCUACAGGACGCUUUGCGCUUCCCUGUGGAAUCAAACGUCAACGAUGGAACAAAAACCGAGGAAGCCGAACGAGAGAACCGAUCUGUGUCCACCACUCCACCGGCCUCGCGGUACCAGGUCAGCGUCAACCGGGACAACUUCGAGAUCUGGGUCAGCGACUCCGCAUCCUCCUCGUCGGAAACCGGCCCCAACAACUCGCUCGAGCCCCUCACACUGGGGCUCCCCGCUGACUUCUCCCCGUCCAUCGGCAACAUCACGGCUGUGUUGGACACGUGGCGUCGCCAGCAUGAACGCCCGCACUCGGCUUCCGCCGGGGGGGACGACUCCUCCAACCCGGGGUUCCUGGCCAGCCCGGUCAGGCGCGUCCCGGGGCCCAUUGCCGGCCAGAGGCCGCGCGAGUACGGCGACGACAUCCCGGAGUCGGACCGGGGCCUGAUGAACAGGCCCUUCAGCGUCCUGGAUAGCAGGGCCGCCCGGUUGACCGCCCUAGCUGUUGAGGGCGAUCGCUUCGAGGAGAGCCAGCAGGAUGCUCAGACGCUGGCCCAGAGGGGUCAGGCUGUCAGAGACAGGGGCGAGGCCCCUCGCCAGCCUGGACAGGAGUUUCAUGAUGGCGCGGAGAUGGUUACGAUGCACGAUAUGUUCCCGGCGGUCUAG